UGUCCCCUAAACAGGGUGAGCUGUCAAACAGUAGCACAUAUCACUUGGCAACCAAAAACAACCCCUGGUUACGGUGACUGCCUAUUGACAAAGCAUCAGUGAUUAUUUACGAUAAUAUAUUAUAUCUUUAUAAUUAACGGAAUGACUGGAGUUAAUCGACCUAUGAGCCAAAUGCGGAAGUUGGAGGCUAAAGAGGCUCUGUUCCGCACUAGAAAGCGUAUUCUCAAAUAUUUGGUACUGGGUUUCAUUAAACAGGAAGGGUAUAUGAACACUGCCGCAGCCUUCACGAGCGAAGCCGGGAUCACUGACGAGUAUGUGCUGUGUGAUAACAUCGACCUGGACAUCAUACUACAGGACUACUGCAGCUACUACCUCAUCAGGUUCAACAAACAGCCGCAGUUCUGCCGGAAGGUGGACGAGAGGCCGGUGAAGAGACCUCACACCAGGAGGACGCGACAGGAGCCCCAGGUGGAGCAGGACCCUGGCCAGGGAGCCCCCGACACAGACCUGCCCGCCACGUUCACUGUCACCAAGCUAUUAAAGGAGAGCAUUUUAGCUAACACAGAGCAAGCGAUCCCUGCAGUGGAUAGAAAGCCCCUUGCGUGUUUGAUGGCCGACAUGGCGCCGGAGAAGAAACAUAUCGCCGAGUAUCUCUACAAGGACAUCCUGAGAGUGUCCGGCGUGAGCUGGGCGGACAUCAAAGGCCUAGAGGACGCCAAGACCAUACUCAUGGAGUGUGUGGUGUAUCCUUUGAAAUACCCCGAGGUGUUCACGGGCCUGCUGGAGCCGUGGCGCGGCGUGCUGCUGCACGGCCCGCCCGGGUCGGGCAAGACGCUGCUGGCGCGCGCGGUGGCCGCGGAGGGGUGCACUUUCUUCAAUAUAACCUGCAGCUCCAUCAUCAACAAGUGGAGGGGCGAGUCCGAGAAGAUUGUGAAGGUGUUAUUCGAGCUGGCGAACUACUACGCUCCGUCUAUCAUCUUCAUGGAUGAGGCUGAGUGUGUGACGUCACGGCGGGGCCAGCACGAGGCCUCCCGCCGCCUGACGUCACAGCUGCUGGUCGAGAUGGACGGCGUCUCCGGCGGGAGGGGCGUGUUCGUCCUACUCACCAGUAAUAUGCCAUGGGAAAUCGACCCGGCGAUACUGAGAAGACUGGAGAAGAGAAUAUUUAUACCGUUGCCAGAUUUUAAAACGCGCACUGAACUGUUCGAGAUGUAUCUGAGUAGCGACAACAUAGAGCUGGUGCCCAAGGUUAGCUUCGAAGAGUUGGCUGCGAAGACCGAGGGGUAUUCAGGGAGUGACAUCAAGCUUGUCUGCAAGGAGGCUCUCAUGGCCGGCGUCAGGAAAAUGAUGCCACAUAUGAACAAGAGUUUCAAUAGUCGCAAGGAUAAAAUAACUCUCUCGGAUAUAUUGACAGCCAUAGAAAAGACGAAGCCCGUUUCCAAAAGCCUGGAAAAGAAACACGAAGACUGGCAGAAUGAGAUGGGAUCAGCCUGACGGCCGAGGGAUCGUUACACCAUAACUUAUUUAAUGUCAUCUUUGAAUACAUCCUUACACUCUGUCAAGGAAUUUUCACUGUUUUGUAUAUAAUUACAUCCAUUGU